CAUCGACUGACUCAGGCUCAAUGAUGUACGCCAAAUUAACAGUCGUUUUGGUAGCACUGGCGACAUGCUCUGCCCAGUUCAUACCUAUUAAACCGUUACCAACGAAAUUGAGCCUAAAAACUACUACACAGAAAGCCAAGGUGACCACACACAAGUUGCCUCAGCCAAACCCGAACACUGGCAACACCCAGAACGCCGGGGGAUGCACUUACCAAUUCCAUGUAGCCGAUCCAAAUGGUGCUUGUGCAGGGACAUCUUCUGCUUUGGAUAAGAAAGUGGAACUAGUCAAGCAAGAUCUGGAUAAAACCAAAUUCCAGUAUGUGUCUCAAAACAGCAUGAUUCAGAGCACGCUCGCGCGUAUUCAAAGUGAUGCCGCAAGUUAUAUGACAAAGUUAACGGAUCUAAAUAACGAAAUCCAGAAGCUGAAACAAAUGGCGGCAACCGCGGCCUCAGGAAGCGGAGGUUCCUCAGGAAAUUCCGCAGCACUAAAUCAGAUGCUGCACGACACCAGAGAUCUACUAACGAAAGCUAUCAGCGACAUUAACAAUCAAAUCUUCAACAUCACCAUACAGAUGCAGAAAAGUGCCAUUGAAGAAACGAAGAUACAAACAGCUUUGAAUAAACAGAUUAACGAUCAAACGAGCAAAAUUGCUACUGCAGAAUUAAAGCUGAUAACGCUGGAGAACAUGCUAAAGAACAUGCAGUCUGGAACCACUCCAGUGGCAACCAUGCCGCCGCUCACCACCAUCCCAACAAAGGGCAUGCCAAGUAGUAGCACCACCACCACUGGGCCACCACCAACAGCUCCAAUAGGUCUUCUUAAUCAACUCAAGUCACAACUCCAGAAACUCGAGUCUGAAGUGAAACAGGUAGAACAAUCCCAUUCUAAGGAGAUCAAAGAUUUGAACCAGAAAGCAGUCCAAAUCAAGACUGAGCUAACCAAUCAGACGCAGGAGAUCGCUGCGACCAAAACAACCUCACAAGCUAUGUUCUCCAAACUUCACGUGACAGAACAGCAGGUCCAGGACGCCAUUAACAAUUUCACCCAGUUCCAGAAGACGGUCAAUUCAGGAACGAAGAUUCUGCAGGCAGAAAUUUCGGACACCAGUAAGAAUGUGACUACAGUGAUUUCCAGCAUUCAGCAGCUCGGCGGUACUAUAAUUAUGGACAAAACGAAGAUCAUGAAGAACAGAAAAGAUUUAGAUAAGCUUAUUCCUGAUGCCGUUAAGAUCCAGAAUGACCUACAGAAACUCAACACUACGAUCACAAAUCAAGCGGGUGAACUCCUACAAUUAGAGCAGGAUGUUCACUCACUGAAUGGAACAUUUACGGCAAAUGGACAGUCGGCCAAGACGUAUGUGGACAACAUUAAGAAAGACAUGAACAACAAGAUGACCAGUCUGAAUUCCACCUUAAACCAGGCCAGUGCAGACAUCAUGACUCUCAUGGGCCAGUCAGCCAGACUCAGUCAACUUUGUGGAUAGUGAAAUCACUGCCGGUGUACAGUGACGUCAUUUACACACAGACAUGUCAUAAACUUUGUGAUAUUGCGUAAUGAGUUUUGCUUGGAAAUUUUGAAAAUCAUUACUUAAUGCACUUGUGUCUUACCAGCAAUCUAACGCUUUUUAUGUUCAUUUUCAUGUGUUAUGAUUGAAAUAACUUAUUAUUGUACAAUUUAAUAGUAUUUGCCUAUAUUAGACAUAAGCUACGAAUGACUGGCGAUCCAUUAUUGUUAUAUCAAUGUAAAAUGAAUGGCUAAUUAAGAAAUCAUUUUAGAAAUCAAAUCUUUUCAUAUUAGGCAAAAGUAAUUAACGGUGUUGUGUGUAUUCAAUGCUAAUUUAUUGUUUCAAUAAAAACAGUAUUUUCUCCUAAUAAUUAGGUGCCAUUUUGUCGAUGAUAAAGGUUUCGUACAUGUCAGUUGCUUUAGACAUAUCAAUGAUAAAGGUUUCGUACAUGUCACUUGCUUUAGACAUAUCGAUGAUAAAGGUUUCGUACAUGUCACUUGCUUUAGACAUAUUGCUCGGCCUUUCUCUGCCCAAAUAGUUCUUGUUAUCUUAAUCAAUUCGUAAAAAGGACAUAUACCGGUAGUUCAUGUAUUUGAUUAAAAAAAAGAUGUACGAGAGCACUGAAUGCGACAACACAAAAACGACACUGUACAAAACAAUCAGAUAGUCAAGAUGGUUUCUCGAAAAUGUCCUUCCAUACCGAUUUUAACACCCAUAUUUAUUUGCGCAAGAUGAUGUGGAAAGACAACUCAAGGAGGUCAACUGUCAGAUGAUUAACAAGAGAAAUUAAUUACCAUACACAAUCAGUGAACUGAGUGAGCGUCAAAUGUGAUUUCUUGAUAUUUUUCGUUGCAAAAUAAUUAUGUAUUCACACAUAAAUGUGUAUUCAAGAAUUAAAGUUAGAAUUACCCAAAG